UACGGUGAGGAUAUAAAGCUGUGCCUGAACCACAGUAGUCCAUUGAUCUGCAGAUCCUUGUCUAACGCAUUAAGACAGAGCACAACUGAGACAGGAUGUCUUUACGGGUGGCUGCACUUCUUCUGUUGGCAUCAGUCCUCUGGAGCCAUGUAGCAGCAAGCACAGAUCAGGCUUUGGACUGCUGCUUGACAACGACCGAUACCAAGCUUCCCCACAGAGUGGUGAAGUCAUACAGUAUCCAGACAGUCAGUGGAGGAUGUCGGAUAGCUGCCACUGUGUUUGUCACGAAGAAGAAUCAUAGACUGUGUGCUCCUCCUGCCACCAAGAACAACUGGGUGGCCAAACUCAUCAAGCAACUGAAGAGGAAAUCGCAUAAGGGAAAGGCCAGAAAAGGCAAGAAUGGCAAGAGAAGACACUGAAAGGCUGUGGGUGAUCCUUAAACCUCGGAGCUCCAGUAUACGUCCUUUGAGAAGAUUCAAUAUUUCAAAUAUUUUGUGAAUGGGACUGAAAGUUAGUUCUCAUUUUAAGGUGGAUGGCACUGUGAUACCGUUGAAUUAUUUUUGACCAACACUGUGUCAUGUGUCGUGUAUUGCAGAACAUUAUUGUCAAAAUGUUGCUCACAGUUACUAUAAGCUUGAUUUUAUAUUGUAUAACUCAUUUUAUGUAAAUAAAUAACUGUUUAUUUUUUUAAGAAACAUUG